AACAGACUUGUUGGAUUUUUCUCGAUGACAAAAUGGCACAACGGAAAGGAGCGGUUGCGAAAGGGGGUAUGUGGCAGGGCCAUACUGUUUCCUAUAGUAAAGAAACACAGGAAUUACUGAAAGUCAUGAUGGCAGAAUCCAGAUUAACAAAUUUCCAACAGAGACAAAUAAACAAUGAAAUGAGAGGAGGUGGAAAUUUACCCUUGAGAGUACAUCCAACCAGCAGUGCAGAACCAGCAGCCCCUACACCACCAAGACCAAAGAGUAAAAGAGUUGAUGCUAGGAAUCAUAAACCAGGACUGAGAUCAAAAGACGUUAUUGAAGGGCGCAUGGACGAAUAUAAAUCUGAUUACCGACCAUUGCCAACAAAAUCACUGGGGGACAAAGAGAAAGAUAGGUUGUCCCACAUAAUGGCAUACGGUGAAGAUUUACCCAAGAUGACCAAUCAAAGAUUAGAACAAAUACUGAGACCAAAGACGCCGCCUAAAGAAGUGGAUAGGUUUGAUGAGUUACAAGCUGAAGUGGAAGAAAGGCAAGCUUUUCUAGCGGACAUGGAGUCACUGGGAAAAGGAAAAGAAUUCCGUCCAAUCAUUGCAACUGAAAUAUCCAGGUCAAUACGAGAGAUGGAAAUUAUAGAUAAGCAGCGAACGGCUGAAUUAGAGAAAGCAAUAGCUGAACGAGAGAGGCAGCGACAACUAUCUACCAAACGAGAAAACACUAUUCCACUCCCGGACGUUAUAAAAAUGGAAAGUGAGAAAAGUACUUUGUCAACUAAAAGCGUAAAAAGUGAUACAAAACCAUCCAUGUCUACAGUUGAUAUUUUAGCCGACUUCCCUGACAAGUCAUAAUACGCCUCUACUUACGAACUUUUUUUUUGAAAUGAAUGACUCUUACUGUAACAAUGGUUUGUACCCCAGCUAUAUAUACAUAUUGAGUCAAAAUACAGUAGCCUCUGCAGCAAUUAUUUUUCAAAUUUAUUUACUAUAAUUAUGAUUUCAAUCUUACCUGUGUUUGAACUGCCAGUAUGUACACCACUAUUUUGAUCAUUGCUUUUUUUGCUACAUUGUAGCAUAUAUGUAGAUAUGUGUACCUGUCAAUUUAUAAUGUUAAUACAAGCUUUAAUUUUUACAUGUAUGUUAUUUAUUUAGC